CAUCUACAAAAUGGGAGAUUUGCUUACAAUGCUCUUUUCUUUUACAAAAAAAAUGAUCAUCACGCGCGAUCAGGCCAUAUGCAUGCUUUUCUGCGUCGAGAACAAUCCUGAAAAUGUUGCUCGUUACGAAGAGAAAAUUGCUGCUUUUGGAGAAAUUGAUAUUUGCUACGAAAAGGAUCCAAAGAAACCUAUUUUAGCCCCUUCAAGCCAAAUUCACAAAAAUUUAUCCACAUAUCAUCCAUAUCCAGUGUCAUCCUCUGAAAAGAUGGCUGAUUUAGAAAAUAGCAAAGUCGUUAUAGAAACAAACAAAGAAGUUUAAUUUCAAGUUAUGUUAAUUAAAAUAAACAAAUCCUGUUUAUUUGGAUCUAUGUACAGGUUCUUUCCUGCAAUUAAAAGCUUGCAGUA